UCCAAGCUUGCAUCCCACUGUUUGUUUGACUGCUGCCCUGAUGGGAAAGAGACACAACAUGGGAUCGAGUGCAGAGAGGCCAAAGACUAAAGGUUUGGUGGAAAUCAUAGGGUUGACAGAGACAUUUACAUUUAAUCCUAAAGAGGGAAUAGACAACCCAGUGAUGGUAUUCACAGAUGAUGCAGACUCUGUGUCGAAACCCAGCCCACGUCUGUGUGUUCUCAAACGUGAGGAGGGGGAGUCCUAUGGCUUUAAUUUGCGAGUGGAGAGGGGGCGCCAGGGUCACAUCAUCCGAAAUUUGGUGGUAGGGGGAGUGUCGGGGUGCAGUGGCCUGCAAGAUGGAGACAGACUUCUGGAAGUCAACAACUGCUAUGUUGACGAUGUUCCUCACACUGAAGUGUCCAGGAAGAUAAAGCUAAGUGGACACCAGUUGUGUUUACUAGUGUUGAAUGGGGAGGAGUAUGAGCAGGCUGUGUCACAAGGUCAAGAUCUCAGAAGUCUGGCCAGAGCACACAAGGACGAGGGCUGUAAACCCCCCAGACUCUGCCACAUCACCAGGGACCCUGCCUCAGGUCUGGGCAUCAGCUUCUUACCCGUGGAAGGAGAGAAAGGUCACUUCUCAGUGAGCCUGGUGUCCGGAGGUGCAGCUGAAAAGGCCGGAGUGUGUAAGGGAGAUCGUCUGGUGUGGAUGAAUGGAGGGACAGUGUGCGACCUCACACACUCUGCACUCAACAGGAUGAUGAAAAAAUGUGGCAAUCACAUCACCAUCCUGGUGAUUGACAGCGAGAGUGAGAAGAGCUACAUGCGGCGGAGGAUGCCCAUCCUACCCACCAUGGCUGUUCCACAUAACCUGCCUCAUAGAGCCAGGAAACUCCUCCUGGUCUCAGGGCCUGAGGGCUACGGCUUCCUCCUUCGGCUGGAGAGGGCGCCAUCAGGACGCAUGUCUCAUGUUCUGCGAGAGAUGGACAGAUACAGUCCAGCAGAGACGGCAGGUAUGCAGGACGGAGAGCUGCUGCUGGAGAUCAAUGCCGAGUCUAUGGAGACGCUGAAUCAUGAAGAGGUCGUGGACAGAGUGAUCCAGAGUGGACAGCAGGUUUCCCUCACCACCAUCACGUCACAGGGGCUGGAGUUUUACACCAAGUUGGGUCUGUCCCCUCUUCUCUUCUGUGAAGAUGAUGGUGCUGAGAAAGAAAAGGAGAGCGGGGAAGCAUCACAGAAGGAAAUAGAAGGCUUGUGCAAGCCCAGACUCUGUUCUCUCCGAAAAGGCCCUUUGGGGUUUGGCUUUAAUCUGGGUUGUGUCCUACAGAGACCAGGGACCUUCAUCAGCCAGGUGGCUAUCGGUGGCUUGGGGCAGAGUGCAGGACUUAUCGAGGGAGAUGUGGUGAUUGAAGUGAAUGGACAAAAUGUGGAGGAGAAAUAUCUGGAGGAUGUUAUGAUAGUCGUGAGGGAUGGAGGGCAUUUUCUUUCAUUAUUAGUCAUGGAAAAGACUAGUUAUAACAAGAUGAGGCAGACAGACACACCAGCCAAUCAUGUCACUGCAGAGGUAAAAAAAAACAUUAUAUACAACAAAGUCUGUUAACACAUUUAUCACUAUUACAAAUACCACUAUCUUUACUAUAUUAUCUUAUUUGCAUCUCAGCAGGAAAAGGAAGACUUAUCAUCUUUGUGAGCACUGACGACACAUGAUUCUGAAGAAAUUCUCACCAUACAUCUGUCGAGGAGACUUCAAGCUGAACUGGACAGAAGAAGAAAAACAUAAACUAAAAUUAUUAUUAUAUUUGCAAAGAUGACCUUAUCACUGGGUUUCACGAUAGAAACAAGAAGAUGAACAUUAAGUCUUAGCAACAACUACCACUUAUUGUGUCAGUCAGGUAAAAUGCAGAGUAAAUAAAAUGCUCCACAGCCUAAAGGAACAUAAACUAAUAUUGUUAUUGCACUGAGAUGAAUGGAAACCAGUGGCUGUGUGUACGCAUUAAAACAUUGGGGAAAAAUAAUAAAACUACUACUCUUUAGAAAAUGAACACUGGCAAUGUAAAUUAUUGCUAAUAAAUGGGCAAAAACAUUUGUUAUAGCUCUGGACUAUGUCAAUUUUGUGUUGAUUGCAUUGUUGUGAAUGGGAGAGGAAGGUUAUGUGUUAUGUGUACCACCUAUUAUGUAUAAAUAAGAAAUUAAAUGUGUAUUGUUGAUCCCAACUAUCUAUUGUUGACAUUUUUAUUGUCUUCCCUGUUUCUAAAUAUUCACAGUGCUAUGUUGAACUCCCAAAAAUGUGGAAAAUGUAUUGAAACAUGCAUGAUACAAGAUUCUAGAUAACAAUGAAAGUGGUAAUGUGCAUGAUGAUGUCUGUGUUUUAUGUAACCACAUUUUGAAUAUUUAAUGCAUCUGUGAUCUGAUGGAGGGAUCUGAUGAUCAUGCCCUGGGGGGGACAUGUACCUUCUCCAAUCUUAGCAAAGUGAGCUGGUUGGUACUUUUAUCCAGUUGCCAGUUAUGUGAUCUUGAAAGCUGUAUGCCCAGAAUGGUUCUCAUAAAUCCUCUUAGUGAAUAGACAAUGUUUAAACAUGAAUUAAUAUUGUAAUAAAAUGUCUAUCGUG